CGCAACCGCCGUUCGACUGUCACGUCUGACGUCUUCAUUCUUACAAAUUACAUGUUUGUUAUUAUCAGAAGUCUGCUAUAUUGCAUUUGUGCUAAGAACUUUGUAUAAACCUUUAGUGUUAUAAACUUUUUGUAUGAGCUGUAAAAUUGACUAUUGCGUAUUUUUGGAAAAUGUUGUUGUGAAGUGACACACAAGUGACUUGUUCAGUGUUUGUUUUGAAGGAAGAUAUUUGGCAAGAUGAUGAUGGAUCAGGCACAUUUCGGAGAGUAUUUGCUGAGGCAGCAGAUGUUGCAUGCGGCUUCGCUUAGUGGAUUACAGCAUCGGGUGGGUGCGGACGCGGAGCCACCGGUGUGCGAGGCGCGCCUCCUCAACGGCGACCUCUGGCGACGCUUCCACGACAUCGGCACGGAGAUGAUCAUCACCAAAGGGGGCAGACGCAUGUUUCCAUCGCUUCGCGUCUCUCUUUCUGGGUUAGACCCCCGAGAGGAGUACUGCGUGCUCCUCGAGUUGUCACUCGUAGGGCGGCGUCGCUGGCGUUGGGCGGGCGGAACUUGGGCGGCGGCGGGCGGCGCCGAACCGCAGUCACCACGUCGCUUGAUGCUGCACCCUGAUUCGCCCGCGCCUGGACACCACUGGACCGCGAACCCGGUGUCCUUUAGCAAGCUGAAGCUUACCAACAACACAAUGGAUGCACAAGGACAUAUGGUGCUAACGUCGAUGCACAAGUACCGGCCGCGAGUGCUGGUGGUGCGCGCUCGAGACGCGGCCGCGCUCGCUUGGGGCGCCCCGCACGCUGCCUUCUCCUUCGAAGAAACGGAGUUCAUCGCCGUCACCGCCUACCAGAACGAUCGCAUCACAAAACUGAAGAUAGACAACAAUCCGUUCGCCAAAGGCUUCCGCGCGUGCGGUCAAUCGAAAUGCAAAAGGAAGAACACUGACUCCAGCGGAUCAGAGGGCACUGAACCGACCAGCUCCGAGUCCUCAGAAGCUAAGAGGCCAUGCUCCGACGCCGCCUCCUCUUGCUCAGAAGAAGGCAGCCUUCGCUCAACAUCGCCCCGAUCUCCUCCGCUAGCCGAAUCGCCAGCUCCUCUCAUGGCUACCCCAGAAAAUAUUACUCCACCACCGCCCGCCUUUUACCCUGAGUUUCCGUACUUAGGACACUUGCCUAUGACAAUGCCACUGAGUCUUUGGACCGGCCCUCCCAUGGCUGGAGCCUUUGCAUGGGGCCCUUCUCUACCCCCACCACCUCCGCGAGCCCCUACUCCCCCCCAAGCAGCCCCGGCACCGUGUCGUCGCGUCAAAAGCUUCACAAUCAGCGCACUCCUCGGCGAAGGCUGACGUUUCCGUUGCAUCACCAAGGAUUGAAUUAAAUACAUUGUAUACUAUACGGGCAUGAUUCGCAAUAGCUACUUAAAAUGUGUAAAUAUUGUUGUUAAUUUAAUAUAAAGAGUCGUCAGUACUACCUACCUCGUAGACUUAUUGAUAAAUCUAUUUUUAUUGUGAUAAAUGUGCCUUACAAUGUAAUAAUACUGAAUAAAUAGGUAAUGAUUUAUUAUAGCUCUCUCUACUCCACAGCCCUAGAACUAUGACAAUUGUUUUUUUUUACUAUAACUAAUUAAUAGGUCAAUACCUUUUUGUAAGAUAAGUACCUACCUACUUAUUCGUAGAAGUGUCUACAUUAUGCGAAAAGGACAUGGUAAAGUUUUGUAUGAGCGACUGCCUUGGCAAUGUAUAAAUACUGUACUUGGUAACAUUUAAUGGUAAAUAGCUGAAUAUUUAUAAUUUCUAUGAAAAAAGGCACAGGUACUUUUGAUAAAGUCACAAUCUUGAAAAUUAUGAUAACUCCUACUAUGUCAUUACCUUACUACAGUUGAUAAAAGAUGUUGCCAAUUAUUUACAGAAUCAUCAAUUUCGCAUUUUCUUAUAAUCUUUCUUUCCAUUUCUCUGAUCUCUAACUUUUCACAAAAAGUUUUUUUAAAGGAAAAAUAAAUACAAAUAAUUUGUUUCCUUGAGUCUGGCGCCUCAGACCGCUCGGCCAUCCGAUCAAAUAAUUUGUUAUCGUCGGCCUGACAGGAAAUCUGUGAAGUUUUAUUUCAUCCAUUUGCAAAAUUUCAAGAAUUAAUUAUCAUACAGCCUUGUCUCAAACCUGAUCAGAAUAAUAAAAUGUAUUAUUUAAGGCUUGCCGUGAUUUGUUUUAAUAAAAAUUAGGACCAAAUAUGUCAUAGUUUGAAGAAGUUUAGAAAUAAUAUUGUUUAUUUCGAUAUACUUUUCACAAUUAUUUUUUGUGUACAUUUACUGUUCAUUUAUUUUGUAAAACAGAACAUUUUACUUUUAAAACAAACAGACAUGAAGUCAAUUUUUAUACUUUUAAAUAUUUGAUUAUUUCACGAAAGUUGUAUGAGAAUAAUAAACACCUAAUAAUUAAUAAAAAAAAAAUUGUAAAGUUACGGGCUAGUGCGAAAUAUUUAUACACGUUAAGGGCAGUUUCUUAGCCAUGUCCAAGAUUGUAUAAGAUUUAUAUAUUGUUCUACUUAAGAAUUUUAUUCAUUUAACAUUAUGUAAAUAAUGUAAAAUACGUACGUAAAUUUAAAUUGUGAAAGAGUACCUAGGUCUAAAAGUUAAAUCAAAUAAUUAUAUUUUAUAUAAAAUA